AUGACAAAAUUCCACCUUGUUGCUUUAACACUUUUUUCAGCUGUGCUCUUCUUCCUUUUCCGUGGAGGAUUCGCCAUGGCUGCAGGGACGUCAGAUGGAUCAGAACAAUGGGGUUACGUCGAAGUUAGACCUAAAGCUCAUAUAUUCUGGUGGUAUUACAAAAGUCCUUAUAGAACUCAAGAUUCAAACAACCCAUGGCCUAUAAUUCUUUGGUUACAAGGUGGACCUGGUGCGUCAGGAGUUGGGACUGGAAAUUUUGAAGAGGUGGGUCCAUUAAACUCUUUCUUGAAGCCAAGAAACUCUACAUGGCUAAAGAAGGCAGAUCUAUUAUUUGUGGAUAAUCCAGUUGGGAGUGGAUACAGUUAUGUUGAAGACAAAACGUUAUUGGUGAAAACUGAUGAGGAGGCUGCCAUUGAUUUAACGACAUUAUUGAUUGAAAUCUUUAAUACAAAUGAAACCCUUCAAAAGAGUCCUCUUUAUAUAGUGGGAGAGUCUUAUGGUGGCAAAUAUGCAGUCACUCUUGGAUUGUCUGUUCUCAAGGCCAUUGAAGAUAAGAAGUUAAAGCUCAUUCUUGGAGGUAUUGCAUUGGGAGAUAGUUGGAUCUCACCUGAAGAUUAUGUGGUAUCAUGGGGUCCUCUUCUGAAGGAUGUUUCAAGGAUAGGCGGCAAUGGCUUGAUCGAAGCAAACAGGUGGGAAGGGCUAAAGACAUUCUUGAGUCUUGAUAGAACUCCAAUAUAUUCUGGUCACUUUGUACCAGUAGAUCAACCAUGUGUGGCAUUAGAGAUGGUGGGAAGGAUGACUCGUUCCUACAUAUCUACGACGAAGAUAAACGGUAGAGAAAAAUGA